AUGAUCCAAGACAGAAAAAGACUUUCGAGUGGGCUUACUGUAACAUCGAAAGUAUUUGUUCGAUCGAGAAACGGUGGAGCUACAAAAAUUGUAAGAGAACAUUACUUGAGAAACGAUAUUCCAUGCUACUCUAAGCUAUGCAACAAAUGCCAACUUGAUUUGAAGCCAGAUUCACAUGGACAGUUACCGCAAUUCAUCUUAUCUGAGGAGCCACAGAAGCUUGGCAAGGGACAACGUCAUUAUAUCGUUUUAGAUACCAACAUUAUAUUGCAUGCCAUUGAUUUGUUAGAGAACAACGAGUGUUUUUUUGAUGUGGUAAUUCCACAAACUGUGUUGGACGAAGUUAAGAAUAGAUCGUUUCCAAUUUAUCAGAGAAUAAGGUCAUUGGUUAAAUCUGAGGAGAAGAGAUUUGUGGUUUUUCAUAAUGAAUUCUGCGAAUCUACGUACGUAAAUCGUGAAAAAAAUGAGUCUAUAAAUGAUCGUAACGAUAGAGCAAUUCGAAAAUUCUGUUCGUGGUUCACAGGUCAUCUCAAUAAAGAUAAUUCGAAGAUUCCAAUCAGCAUUGUCUUGAUAUGUAAUGAUAAGGAUAACCGUGAGAAGGCUAAGAAAGAAGGAAUUGAUGCAAGAGCCUUGGCUGACUAUAUUGAAGCAUUGCCUAAUGCAGAUGACUUGCGGGAUUUGGUUCCAAACGAACAUGAAUCGUUUGCGGGUUCCGAAACUAUAAAUGAAACCUCAUUCCCAGAAUAUUAUUCGACAUCGAGAAUUAUGGGUGGUGUUAAAAAUGGUACUUUGUAUCAGGGUAUGCUUAACAUAUCCACGUACAAUUUCUUGGAAGGAACUGUACAAGUUCCAGCUUUCAAGAAGCCAUUAUUAAUUCUUGGAACAAAACAAUUGAAUAGAGCUUUCAAUGGAGAUUCCGUUAUUGUAGAAUUAUUGCCAAAAGAUAAAUGGAGAGAGCCAUCAACAACGAUCAUUGAAGAGUCUAAUAUCGGGGUUAAUGACAACGCUGAUGAUGAGGAUGAUGAGAAUGAUGUUGAGAAUACAGGAAUUGUUCCAGAUAAAGAACGUCAACUUUUGGCACAAGAAGCAAUGAAAGUGACAUCAGCAUCGAAUGAAGACGAUAAGCUGAAGAGACUUCAACCAACAGCAAAGGUUGUAGGUAUAAUGAGAAGAUCGUGGAGAUAUUAUGUUGGUCAGAUUGCUCCAUCAUCUGUCUCUAAAGAUCAUGAUACGGGAAAUGUAUCGAAGAAUUGUUUCGUUAUAUUGAUGGAUAAAGUCUUACCUAAAAUUAGGAUCCGUACAAGAAAAUCUAAGGAAUUAUUGGGUCAAAGAAUUGUUAUAGCAGUUGACUCAUGGCCAUCGACUUCGAAAUACCCCCAGGGACAUUUCGUAAGAAGUUUAGGUGAAAUUGAAAGUGCAGAAGCAGAAACAGAAGCUUUAUUAUUAGAGCAUGAUGUUGAGUAUAGACCAUUUUCUAAAAAUGUAUUGGAUUGUUUGCCAGAAGAGGGAGCAAAUUGGACUGUUCCACAGAAUCUUGAUAAUGGUGAUGAACAGUUAGCCAAAAGAAAGGAUUUAAGAGAUAAGUUGGUUUGUUCUAUUGAUCCACCAGGUUGUGUUGAUAUUGAUGAUGCAUUGCAUGCUCAGCAAUUGCCUAAUGGAAAUUACGAGGUUGGUGUUCAUAUUGCAGAUGUUACUCAUUUUGUUCGUCCAAAUACUGCAUUAGAUAACGAAGGUGCCGCUAGAGGUACCUCAGUCUAUUUGGUAGAUAAGAGAAUUGAUAUGUUACCAAUGUUAUUAGGUACAAAUUUGUGUUCCUUAAGACCUUUUGUCGAAAGAUAUGCUUUCUCAGUCAUUUGGGAAUUAGAUGAAGACGCUAAUAUCGUGAACGUUAAUUAUAUGAAAUCUAUUAUAAAAUCAAGGGAGGCAUUCUCGUAUGAACAAGCACAAUUAAGAAUCGAUGACAAGUCUCAAACUGAUGAAUUAACGAAGUCAAUGAGAAUUUUAUUAAACUUAUCUAAAAAGUUGAAGCAAAAAAGAUUAGACGCAGGUGCAUUGAACUUAGCUUCACCAGAAGUUAAAGUUCAUAUGGAUAGCGAAACAUCGGAUCCUGGUGAAGUUGAAAUUAAGAAAUUACUCGAAACUAAUUCAUUAGUUGAAGAGUUUAUGUUGUUUGCAAAUAUAUCUGUUGCAAGAAAAAUCUUUGAUUCAUAUCCACAAACUGCAAUGUUAAGAAGACACGCACCACCACCAGCUACUAAUUUUGAGACUUUAAAUGAAAUGUUAAGAAUUCGUAAAACUGGCAUGUCAAUUUCUUUGGAAUCGUCUAAGUCUUUAGCUGACUCCUUGGACCGUUGUAAUGAUCCAAAAGAUCCAUAUUUCAAUACUUUAUUGCGUAUUUUAUCCACUAGAUGUAUGAUGGCGGCAGAAUAUUUCCCAUCGGGCUCAUAUGGAUACCCAGAAUUUAGACAUUAUGGUUUAGCUGUUGAUAUCUAUACGCAUUUCACAUCUCCAAUUAGAAGGUACUGUGAUGUGGUCGCCCAUAGACAACUAGCAGGUGCAAUUGGUUAUGAAAACUUAGAUUUGAGUCACAGAGAUAAAAAUAAGAUGGAACUUAUUGUUAAAAACAUCAACAGACGUCAUAGAAACGCUCAGUUUGCUGGAAGAGCAAGUAUUGAAUAUUAUGUUGGACAAGUCAUGAGAAAUAAUGAGUCUACCCAGGAAGGUUACGUCAUCAAAUGCUUUAAUAACGGUAUUGUUGUUUUAGUUCCAAAGUUCGGGGUGGAAGGUUUAAUCAAAUUAGAUAUGCUAGGUGAUGCAAAUUCUGCAGAGUAUAAUGAAGAUAAGUUUGAAUUAACAUUUACUGACUUAUCUGGAAAGAAGAGAUGUGUCGGUGUUUUCGAUCAAGUUACAGUUAACAUUAAGUCAAUUAAGGAUGAAAUUACUGGUAAAAGAAAGGCUCAAUUAAUGUUGCAAUAA